AUGGGGCUGUUCUCCUUCGAGAUCCAGCCGGAGGUGACAUUUAGCUCCGGUGCCAAUGCGAGGCUCAGACAUCGCUUGCAGAGUUCCCGGUGCUUGGAACCCAUCCAGCUCAGCAGGUUGUGUCACUUCAGUCUUGGCUCCCUGACGCUAACAGCCACGCCUAAUCCUGAGCUACCCAUCAUGAGGGAAGAGAUCGACCUUAAUGGAACGUUGCUGGCCAUCGAUUGGUUGGACGCAGCACCGAAAGACGCGCCGAACGUGACACCUGCAGGGGUGCUGCUACUCUUCCCCGGCAUCGGCACCAAUUCGAGGCGAGGCUUCACUGGAAUGACUGCACAUCACCUGGCCAAGAGCUUUCCAAGGCACAAGGUUGGCGUGGCCGUGCUGCAGGGCCACGAUGGCUUGCCAUUGAAGUCGACCUGUUUUCCAGCGACGGCCUAUGUGAGCAUUGGGGACACUGGGCGCCUCAUCGAACAUGUCAGCCGCCAAUUUCAAGGUCUUCCAAUGGUGGUGGUGGCCUGUUCGAUUGGUGCAGCCCACUUCACGCACUGGGCUGGAUCCCAUCCCGAGAAGGUGAAGCAGUGUGGUGUGGUGGGUGCUGUCCUGGUGUGCCACGGCACCUCGGCAAGGCCCGCGGCAACAGCAGUGGAUUCCUCCGGGGCGGCGCCCUUCAUCUUGGAAGCCUAUCGGGACAUCCUGAGGACCAAUUUCCCGGACUUGACCGCCUUCCAAGAUAUUCCAGGCUUCGACCCUUCCAAGUUGUCGGCGGCCAGGACGCUUCGCGAAUGGGACGAGGCCGUGCUUCCGCUCUACGGCUUUCAGCGCCACGAGGACGUCUUGGACGCGGUGGAUACCACGCCGCAGAUGAUGCGCGCGCUGCCGAUGCCGACCGUCUUCCUGGGAGCGGCCAAUGAGACCCGGCGAUGGAGUGAUGGGAUGCCUACGGAUGCCUACGGAUGCCUAUGGAUACCCGUGGAUGAUGGAUGUGGUAUGAUGUGA